AUGCACAAUAAGAUACGAGGUGAAGUGUCGCCAGCUGCAAGCCCUGCUCUACCAAGCUUAGAAUGGGAUGACCAGUUAGCCAGUAAGGCGGAACAGUGGGCACAGGGUUGUGAUUUUUCUCACAAUCAGGACAAAUCAAGUGCUCUCGGUACAGUUGGUGAAAACAUUGCAAUUAAUCAAGACCCGAUACACGAGGGCAUUCAAGAUUGGGAAAAGGAGAAAAGUGACUGGACAUACGGCAACUCUGAUACAGGAUGUACAGGGGGUUCAUGUGGUCAUUAUACACAGAUGAUAUGGGCAGCUACAACCAAAAUAGGAUGCGGCGUUGCUACCUGUAGCCAAUUCACCUCUAGCGAUGGCGACGACAUGUCAGGGUUUGAUGGGUACAAAUACUUAGUCUGUAAUUAUUAUCAAGCUGGUAACUUCCCCGGUGAACCACCUUAUAAAACCGGAACAGGAGGAGAGGUAACAACAGGAGAAGGAACUAACAAAGGAGGAGAAACUGAUUUGGAGAGUUUCUACUGA